AUGCCCGGCUGCCCGCGGCUCGCGCUGGUCUGCGCGCUGCCCUGGCUCCUGCGGGCGGCGGCACCCGGGAGCCCCGCGCCACCCCUGGCGCAGCGGCGCGACCCCCGCAACCCUGCUAGGGGCGCCGAUUUCGAUCACGUCUACAGCGGGGUGGUGAACCUCAGCACCGAAAACAUCUACUCCUUCAACUACACCAGCCAGCCUGGCCAGGUCCAUGCGGUGCGGGUGUACGUGAACAGCUCUUCGGAGAACCUCGACUACCCAGUCCUGGUUGUGGUUCGCCAGCAGAAAGAGGUGCUGUCCUGGCAGGUUCCUCUGCUCUUCCAAGGACUGUACCAGAGGACCUACAACUACCAGGAAGUGAGCCGCACCUUAUGUCCCUCAGAAGCAACCAAUGAAACAGGACCGCUGGAGCAACUGAUAUUUGUAGAUAUAGCAUCCAUGGCACCCCUGGGUGCCCAGUACAAACUGCUGGUUACCAAGAUCAAGCACUUCCAGCUACAGACAAACGUUGCCUUGCACUUCACUGCCAGCCCCUCUCAACCUCAGUAUUUUCUAUACAAAUUUCCUGAAGAUGUGGACUCAGUUAUCAUUAAAGUUGUGUCUAAAGUGGCUUAUCCAUGUUCUGUUGUCUCCAUCCAGAAUAUUAUGUGCCCAGUGUAUGACCUUGACCACAAUGUGGAAUUUAAUGGUAUCUAUCAGUCCAUGACCAAGAGAGCUGCCAUCACACUACAGAAGAAGGAUUUUCCAGGUGAGCAGUUCUUCGUGGUGUUUGUGAUAAAGCCUGAAGAUUAUGCUUGUGGAGGAUCCUUCUUCAUCCAGGAAAAGGAGAACCAGACCUGGAAUCUACAACGAACAAAGAACCUUAAAGUGACCGUUGUUCCUUCCAUUAAAAAAUCCGUUUUUGUGAAAGCCGUUCUUCUCAGCUUCCUCAUCUUCUUCUCCUUCUAUUUGGGAUGUCUUCUGAUUGCAUGUGUUCAUUAUAUCCGGUUUCAGAGAAAAUCCACUGAUGGGAGCUUCGGUUCCAGUGAUGGCUCUGGAGAUAUGGCGGUGUCACAUCCCAUUGCUGCCAGCACCCCAGAAGGGAGCAAUUAUGGGACAAUAGAUGAGUCAGGCUCCAGUCCCGGCAGGCAGAUGUCCUCCUCUGAUGGGGGCCAGCCAUGCCACCAGUCAGACACAGACAGCUCCGUGGAGGAGAGUGACUUCGACACCAUGCCAGACAUUGAGAGUGAUAAGAAUAUCAUCCGGACCAAGAUGUUUCUUUACCUGUCCGAUCUGUCCAGGAAGGACCGGAGAAUCAUCAGCAAAAAGUAUAAGAUUUAUUUUUGGAAUAUCAUCACUAUUGCUGUGUUCUAUGCACUACCUGUGAUCCAGCUGGUCAUCACCUACCAGACAGUGGUACAUGUCACUGGAAACCAGGACAUCUGUUACUACAAUUUCCUCUGUGCUCACCCCUUGGGCGUCCUGAGCGCCUUCAACAACAUUCUCAGUAACCUGGGGCACGUGCUCCUGGGCUUCCUCUUCCUGUUGAUAGUCUUGCGCCGAGACAUUCUCCAUCGAAGAGCCCUGGAAGCCAAGGACAUCUUUGCCAUGGAGUAUGGGAUUCCCAAACACUUUGGUCUCUUCUAUGCUAUGGGCAUCGCAUUGAUGAUGGAAGGAGUGCUCAGUGCUUGUUACCACAUCUGCCCUAAUUACUCCAACUUCCAGUUUGACACCUCCUUCAUGUACAUGAUCGCCGGCCUCUGCAUGCUGAAGCUCUAUCAGACCCGCCACCCAGACAUCAACGCCAGCGCCUACGCUGCCUACGCCUCCUUCGCCUUGGUCAUCUCACUCACGGUCCUCGGAGUGGUGUUUGGAAAAAAUGACGUGUGGUUCUGGGUCAUCUUCUCUGUGAUCCAUAUACUGGCCUCUCUCGCCCUCAGCACCCAGAUCUACUACAUGGGCCGUUUCAAGAUAGAUUUGGGGAUUUUCCGGAGGGCUGCUAUGGUGCUCUACACGGACUUCAUCCAUCAGUGCAGCCGGCCUCUGUAUAUGGACAGAAUGGUGCUGCUCAUUGUGGGGAAUCUGGUCAACUGGUCCUUUGCCCUCUUUGGACUCAUCUUCCGACCCAGGGACUUUGCUUCCUACAUGCUGGGCAUCUUCAUCUGUAACCUGCUGCUCUACUUGGCCUUUUACAUCAUCAUGAAGCUUCGCAGCUCUGAGAAGGUCCUCCCCAUCCCACUCUUCUGCAUUGUGGCCACCGCUGUGAUGUGGGCCACUGCCCUGUACUUUUUCUUCCAGAAUCUCAGCAGCUGGGAGAGAACCCCAGCGGAGUCCCGGGAGAAGAACCGGGACUGUGUCCUGCUGGAUUUCUUUGAUGACCAUGACAUCUGGCACUUCCUGUCUGCCACUGCCCUGUUUUUCUCAUUCCUGGUUCUGUUAACCCUGGAUGAUGACCUGGAUGUGGUUCGGAGGGACCAGAUCCCUGUCUUCUGAGCCUUCAGCCUUAAGAGGGGAGAGAGGGAGCGAUCGAUCUUGGUGCUGUUUCAUGAAAACUCCGGGGCCUGCAGCAAAGUAACCACUGCCAAAUACUCCACUCAAUGCCUGUGGAGUCAACUCUGUGUACAUUCGACAGGGAGGAGAGUAGCAGGGGAGAUUCAAACCUGCAAGAGGGAGGCAAAAGGGAAGCCACGGCUGUGGACAGAGGCAAGCCCUGAAGAGCCGAGAAGCCCCCAUCCCCUUAAGUUGCAGCUCUGCGCUAGACAUGGACAACCACUGCAUCAAAGUCCACUCGCCAUCGGGGGCCCCUCCCAUCCUCGCCUGGGACUUGCCAGCAGUGGCAGCAUGAAGCCGCCCUCUUCCCUCCGGCUGCCUCCAUGCCAGUCAGCAGCUCCGAGUCCCCGCCCAGAAACUUUCCGUGGGCCCCCUUUGCAUGUCUGCAACAUCUGCUGCUCUAGAUAUCUCAAGCGCCAGCCUGCUUCUCCGGGGUCCUGGGAUGACGUGGUUCCCAGAGUCUGGUAGGGGGCUAGACCCGAUGCCCUACCCAACUGGGAUAGGUGUUUUAUCAGCACCAGCUGGUCACCUCCUCAGAAGGAAUGCUGCAUGCUUCUCCCAGGUUCCUGACCUCCUUAGAAAGACUCUGGAUUGGGCUUGUCACACACUCCUCCUAACAGGUCUCUGGGACCAGGACUUGGGUGCUUACCUAUUCUUUAAUGUCUUCAUCUCACUGCUGUGUGUUGGCCCCAUAACUCAGGCUCUGCCUUCUUGAGAAGGCUCUGUUACUCCACCCACCAGCUCCAAGGUGGAAGGGGAAAUGAGAGAACUCUUCUAGCAGCAGGAAGAGCAAGAGAAAUGACUGUCAGUGCUAAGAGAAGGGUGACAUCAGCAUCAAGCAAACUCGGGCUCCUGGAGAAAUUCGGCCAAGACAAAAGUACUGCCUCAUGCCUCCAAUUCAAACCGCUCAAUUUUGUGCCCGCAUCACCUUUGGGGAAGAAAUAAGGGUUUUACCAGGGACUCUGCAGGAGGGGUCCUCUACCACAGACUCAGCCCUUAUCUGUCGCUGCCUGCAGAUCAGGGCCUCCAGACUUUCUCCCUGGAGUUCUCUAGACCUAACUCUCAGGGCAAAUGCAUCUUACUCUAACUCUCUAGAUGCAAAGAGCACAGACGAUAUAGGAUUUAGGAUUGCCUUGGUUGCACCUGAUUCUCAUUGUCUCCCCAGUAAGGUGUUGAAAUCUCAGUGUCCCACUUCCCUCCCCACGGUCUGGCAGCUCUGCCCCUCAGAGCCCCACUUUGACCAGGCUCCUUGUGACCUG